CAUUCGUUCAUGCAGCAAAAAUAAUGGACAACGAUCGGCUCAAGAUACAGCUAUAGCUGCCCGCUGGCGUGUGGAGGUGUGAGUGUGUUUGGAAAUGUUGCACGUAAAUAUGCACUUCAAACAUAGGGGAUAACUGUUGGAUACCGCAGCCGUAGCUAACAGUCGCGUUCAGACCCUGUUACACCACGGUUAAGAGUGUACGCAUGCGCGCGCUUCAAAACGCUACGCUCAGUGAGUUUUCGUUAUUCAAAAGCACGCUUAAUAAUUGAAGUUGGUGAAGUGACGGCACAAAUAGAAUGCUAAUGAGGAUGUAGCAUGUGCAACACAGCUGUCUUCGAUUUGAGAAUCGCCGCGCGACUUUUUGUUUAGAACGGACAAGAAUUAUAAAUUAUAAAUUGAGUAGUGCCAAUUUUCCGUUUAAUUGCACCCAAGCAAAAAUACAAGCAUUCAAAGUGUGCGUUUGUGUCAUAAUCAAAAACAAAACGGUGCUAAACACAAUUAUGAUUUAAAAAGAAACUUUGCUGUUUUCCGUGUUAAAUAUUUAUGUUUAUUUAGAAAAGCUUUGAAAUAGCAGCCGAGUCACUCAUGAAGCUUUUGCAACGCUUUCUUGCGUUCAAAAAGUUAUCGGCUUCACCGCAAAAAAUCAGAAACAUUGCAAUCCAGCAACGCUUCGUGCCAAAAUAAUGAGUGUAAUCCUGUUGUCAUUGCCACAUCGUUACAAGCGCCUACUGCAAGCAAUGACACUCGCCGUGGCAAUAAUUUACACCACACUGGUGCUGUAUCAGAGCACCUACGGAUAUCCUGACUUACAGCAGCUGCCGACGCAAAAGCACUACAUAGUUGAGGCACAAACUUCUACAGCUCUGACGCAGUCUUCCUCGAGCAGACCUGUAGCGGCAGCACAGCAAACGUUGGUUCAAACCAAACCGCUACGUAAUUCAAAGAGCCCACAACAACAAAAGCUCAAAUUAUUGAAGGAACAAAAGCAACAUGAACAGAAACAACAACGCAAGCUUCUGAAAAAUCUGCCAAAAUCUUCGCUGCAUUCGAAACAGCCCGCUUAUCAAACGGUGAACGCGAGGUCGGCGGUCGCACCUGCACCACCCCCAUUUGUGCCCUCGCAGGCAGCUUCCCAUACACAAACACCUUACAUUAUUCGCAAGGACAUUAAAAGUUUCAAUUUCUCUGGCAUCGAAAUCAAUGAGGAAGUCGCGACGGCGGCGGCGCGGUUGGACGACUUGGCGCGUCGCAGUCGCAACGGUGAACUACUGCACGAUCUGUGGCAGCGCGCCGUUACGGCGACGCCACAGCCGCCGAUCACUGAACUCGAUGACAUUUUCAUUAGCGUCAAGACAACGAAAAAUUAUCACGACACUCGUUUGGCGCUGAUUAUCAAGACAUGGUUCCAAUUGGCGCGCGAUCAGACUUGGUUCUUCACGGAUACCGAUGACGCUUACUAUCAGGAGAAGACAAAGGGACAUCUAAUUAACACAAACUGUUCACAGGGACACUUCCAGGAAGCUUUGUGCUGCAAAAUGUCUGCGGAAUUGGAUGUCUUCCUAGCCAGUGGCAAGAAGUGGUUUUGCCAUUUCGAUGACGACAACUAUGUGAAUAUUCCACGAUUAGUCAAACUCUUGGACGAGUACAGCCCUUCAGUUGAUUGGUACCUCGGCAAGCCUAGUAUUUUUUCGCCACUGGAGAUACAUCUGGACAGUUAUCCUACUUCAACGCAUAAAAACAAGACAUCGAGUGAGAAAAUUUCGUUUUGGUUUGCAACAGGCGGCGCUGGCUUCUGUCUAAGUCGUGCACUCACUAUGAAAAUGUUGCCAAUAGCCGGCGGUGGCAAAUUCAUUAGUAUCGGGCGGAAAAUACGAUUUCCUGAUGACGUCACCAUGGGCUUUAUCAUCGAGCAUCUACUAAAAGUUCCGCUGCGCGUAGUCGAGAAUUUCCAUUCGCACUUGGAGCCCAUGGAGCACAUACGUCCGGACACUUUUCAGGAUCAGGUUUCCUUCAGCUAUGCGCACAUGCGAAAUCAGUGGAAUGUCGUAAGGGUGGACGGUUUCGAUUUAGCAAAAGAUCCAAAGCGUUUCUACUCGCUUCAUUGCAAAUUGUUUCCUUACUUCAGCUUUUGCCCACCCAGAUGAUUCUGCUGAAUGCGAAUGCAGAGAAGUCCCCAGCAAGAAACUUGCAAAAGUUUUGUAACUAAAACUCAAAACUGUGAUGUAGAUUAAGGUGUAAAAAGAUUCCCGUGUAUAUAAAAAUAUAAGUUAUAUAAAUAUAGUUGCCUUAAACAAAAUAAAAAACGACAAUAUAUAUAAUGCUAGCUAAAUUCAUGUUAUCAUCGCAAACAAUCUAAAAUUUAAUGAUAAGAAAUAUUUAUGUAAAAUAUAAGAAAUUAUCGUUUGAAUUAUAGAUCCUAAGGAGUGGCAAUAGUAAGUUACUAAAUUGUUCCAAAACAUCUAAUUAAGUGCUUCCUUUAAUUAUUAAGUAUUGUUCUAUAUUUUUUUAGGAUUUCUAGUCUCUGAAAGAGAAUCAAUGCAAAUGUGUACAUGCUUCAAUGCUGUUGUUGAAAUUUGCGCAAAAAAAUAUAUUCAUUGUAAAUAUUUAGUAUAAAAUUUGUAUAUACAUAAAUAGUAAGUAUAUACAAACAUACAAUUUGUACUUUAAGUCUUCCAUUUACAUAAACUCUUCCAGAAAAUCAGAAAAGCAUUCACAAUGCAAAAUACAAUUAGUCCUUAUAUACCUAUUUAGCUACAAAUACAAAAUGGUGUGUUAAAUAUAUAAUAAUAAUGAUUGAUGAUAUAUUUUGUAGACGGAAAUAAAAAGGUUGUGUUUUACUAAGUUGACCUUGAGGCAAGAAUUCAUAUUUUACAAUCUUGCAACAUGUUGCUUCAGAGUAUAAUAGUUUUGUUCACAUAA